UCCAGUUCUGAACGGUUGACUGAGAGAGCAGAUUUAAUUGACGGAGUAGACCGCUCUCUAUGUUACGAGAUGCAAUUCUGUUUUACGAUCACCCUUUUGAUUGUCACCCUUUUGGGUAACACUAUCAAGCUCCAAGCUACCAUUACCGGGCCGGCUCCAGCGGGCGGUUAUGGUCCUGGGUCUCCGUUGUGUCCAAUAUGCUACCAGGGACCUGCUGGAACACCCGGAAAUCCGGGCCCACAAGGAAUUCAAGGUCAGGUUGGACCUGCAGGGGUAAAGGGCGAUGUAGGGGUCAAGGGUCAGAAGGGUGAGAUUGGUCCAACUGGCGCUGUUGGGAACACUGGCCCUAAAGGGGACAACGGAAUCGGCCUACCCGGUAACGUAGGUCCGAGAGGUCCACCUGGCUUAGAUGGAGCCACCGGGGAAGUAGGCGUCAAGGGUCAAAAGGGCGAGCCGGGGGAGACUCCAGAUAACUCCGCCUAUCGGGUGGCAUUCACAGUGACGCGGACAAGCGACUCAGAUACCUCUGAUAGUCAGGACACCCGUUUACCCUUCGAGCUGGCGAAAACACUUCUCCCGGGUACAAUCUUCGAUCUUACUACCGGAACCUUCACUUGUAAUGUGCCGGGCACUUACGUGUUUACUUUCUCAGUAGGCAAAUAUUACUUAGACGACCUUUACGUUCAUCUUAGGAAAAACGGGGACCGGGUUGUAUCUGCCAUUAGCACUGAUUCACAAAUCGAUGAGCUCGUGUCUGGCAGCGCAGUGCUGAUUCUACAGCGAGCAGACUCGGUGUAUUUAAGCAUUCAGGGUAAGGCGGUCAGUUGGUCCAACUAUCCUUACACGUCAUUCAGCGGUUUCCUCCUAUACCCCGACUAAAAACAGCAACCAAGCCACACCAUGAAUAUUUUUGUCGGGUGUAAUUGUGUAGUAUGAAACCCCGCCUGUUUUAAUAUUCCAGAAAAAAAGUUCCUUCUCCCACAUAAUUUAUCGCUCUGAGCGAUUUUUGUCAAAUUUAAUUACCCAACUGUUUUUCGCACUUUGGGUCUGAAUUCAAUGGUUGUGUUUGCCACGUGUUAACAUUUCUUGUGGCUUUGCGUGAGUCGCCAUCUUCGUUCAGGGAGUACGAGCCAACUUUAUUUGCUGUUGUUGUUUACAUUUAACUGUUUCUUCAAAAUUCUUCGGGGACCGAUCAACUUUUUUACCGGAGCUAUGGAUUCUCAUCUGGAAAGUCGAGUCUGUUUAAUGACGUCACAUUUUGCCAAGAUUUGUCUGCUGCCCCAAUCGACCGAUUGGAAUUGUAUCUUGAAAACAGAUGAAAUCCUUGCAUGCUUGAUAUUAAUUAAUCAACCGUUUAUAUAUUUACAGCAGAUCUACUUUUAAACAAUGCUUGAAUAGCUAGUUUAUUCGCUCAUAAGUAGUCAUGAUUCUUAAAAUAGAGAUUACUCCUAGUAGAGUGUUAGCGUGUAUAAAACUCAGUUUAAAAAACGAGGACUUAUAUUAUCAAAAGUCAGAGCCCUUAAACUGCCUUCUUAUUUGUGCUAGAGUGAAAUAAAACAAUGUAUUAUCCGGUGUAGGGAAGGGGGAAGUUUUUGUUUACAAAAAGUGACUUCUCAGUUAUUUCUCUAUAAAGAAUUCCUCACUCAAACCAAGAUAAAGUCGUAGAAAUGUUUUUGAAAUACGGGUGCUUUUAUUCAGAAAUUUGGCAACACAUCUCAAAGGAACCCCUACCCUUCUCUUCACUGAAAACCAAUGUUAAAACAAGCUAUGCCAAAGCAUGUAACUUCCAGGAUAAAACUGUAGGCCUAUCUUUAAAUUCAAAGUUACGUUAUAGAAUUGGUUAUAAAACUUGUUUUGUAUCCACCUAUGACUUACAUCCUGUAGAAAGGGUUGAAAUAUCUAUUUGCAAAAAAUUUGUAAAAGGAAGUAAAGAUACCUUUUUAAGAGCAAUUAAACUGUCUUUUAAAACACUUUGUCAGAAUAUUGACCUUUAUAGGGUAUUCUGCGUAAAGAGGACAGUUUCACAAACGUCUAGACUUGUUUAAGAAGUAAUAUUUCAUAUAUGUUAAUGCAGUAGAUAUGUAAUGUGAUGGAAAGGGUUUCAAAAUGAUUGACUGGAGAGA